AAAGGCUCUUCUCACAGCAUAAAGUUGCAGAGGGUGGUAAAGUGAGAGAGAAAAGAAAAGAAAAAAAAAAAGAGAAAUGGAGAAUUUUCCCGUUGUUGACAUGAAGAACCUUAACACUGAAGAGAGAGGAGCAACCAUGGAGAAAAUAAAAGAUGCGUGCGAGAACUGGGGUUUCUUCGAGGUGGUGAAUCAUGGAAUAUCGAUAGAGUUGAUGGACAGAGUGGAGAGGCUGACGAAAGAGCACUACAAAAGGUGUAUGGAGGAAAGGUUCAAGGAAAUGGUGGCAAGCAAAGGAUUGGAGUGUGCUGAGUCUGAAAUCAAUGACUUGGACUGGGAAAGCACCUUCUUUUUGCGCCAUCUUCCUGUCUCUAACAUUUCAGACAUUCCUGAUCUCGCCCAAGAUCACAGGAAGGUCAUGAAGGAUUUUGCUGUGGAACUGGAGAAACUGGCCGAGCUAGUUCUGGAGUUGGUGUGUGAGAAUCUUGGGCUGGAGAAAGGGUAUCUGAAGAAGGUGUUUUAUGGGUCAAAGGGUCCUAACUUUGGCACCAAAGUCAGCAACUACCCUCCUUGUCCGAAGCCAGAGCUGAUAAAGGGUCUGAGAGCUCACACAGAUGCUGGUGGCAUCAUUCUACUGUUCCAAGAUCACAAGGUCAGUGGAUUGCAGCUCUUGAAAGAUGGCCACUGGAUUGAUGUUCCCCCAAUGCGCCACUCCAUUGUCAUCAACCUUGGCGACCAACUUGAGGUUAUUACGAAUGGAAAAUACAAGAGUGUGAUGCACCGUGUGAUUACACAAACUGAUGGGAACAGAAUGUCCAUAGCGUCGUUUUACAAUCCAGGGAAUGAUGCAGUGAUAGCUCCGGCGGAAGCGUUGGUGAAGGAAGACGAGAGUAGCAAAGUUUAUCCUAAGUUUGUUUUUGAUGAUUACAUGAAGCUCUACGCUGGCCUUAAAUUCCAGGCCAAAGAGCCCAGAUUUGAAGCUAUGAAGGCCGUCGACUCAUCCAACGUUAAUUUUGGCCCAAUAGCAACUGUCUAAGCCCAAAUUCUUCUUCAGCCAUUAUAUUAUAUUAUAUUAGAAAAUAACAAUAAUAAUUAUAAUAAUAAUAUAUGACUACUGGUAUGUUUCUUUGCUAUAGGUGCCUCGUUAUGCAUGUGUAGCAUAAACCAAAUUUAUGGUUUAAAAAUAAAAUAUUUAUUUAUGUAAUGUGAGUGAUGGUUAAGUUGGUUUCGUGUAUUGAUUCACUUAUUUUAUUAGAAAGUAAACCCUUCUUUCUU